UCUUCCAGAGUAAUAUAGAGACUGAAUGCCUGUAGCCUGUCAAUCUGAGUGGAGGUUGGCAAGUAAGCAGGGAUGGAUGUGUUUGGUGGAGCGCCACGGUUCCUGGCCUACCCUCGUCCUGUGGUAGUACAAAGUGGCACAGACGCAGUUCUGAAAUGCCAGAUUGGUGGGGAUCCCAGACCAGCAGUUAUAUGGGAGAGAAACAAUGAGAAAAUUCACCCAGAGGGCAGAUACCGGUUGUUUGAGGAUGGCAAUGUCUACAACCUUAUCAUAACUUCUGUGACAGUGGAGGACAGUGGGCAAUACAUCUGUAAGGCCAAGAACUGCAUUGGAGAGACUUACGCAGCAGCCACUUUGAAAGUAGAAGGUGAAGCACAGGAGAUGGAAUUUCGGGAGGAAAACAAGCCACGCUUCCUCAUCAAGCCCCUCUCGACUAGAGUUGGACGAGGAGAGGAUGCUGUGUUUUCCUGUAAGCUGUGGGGAAACCCUAGACCAGAAGUGAUGUGGGAGAAGGAUGGCAAGAAGUUGAAUGAGAUCUUUGAAAGCACACAUUUUGCCAUCAGCUAUCAGGAUGGAGGUUGGUUCCAACUAAAGAUUUUCAAGACAAGAGCACCAGAUGGAGGGGUGUACACGUGUAAGGCCAGGAAUGAAUUUGGAGAGAGUCUGGCGGGGGCUGUGCUGUUGGUGGAUGCUGGACCAGGACAUGAGGAUGAAGGGAACCGUAACGGAUACACUAACGGCCACUGGAAAGCUCAUCAGGGAAAACAGAGAAGUGGAAGGCAGGUUGCGACAAGACUGAAAGAUGACCCACUGCCAAACUCAGCCAAAGUGAAAAUGUUUGCAGUGACAGAAGGGAAACAUGCAAAGUUUCGGUGCUAUGUAACAGGGAAGCCAAAACCUGAAAUAUUAUGGAGGAAAGAUGGGAGACUUAUCCUAUCUGGGAGACGGUAUCUUUUGUAUGAAGACAGAGAGGGUUACUUCACACUUAAAGUUCUCUACUGCAAACAACAGGACAAUGGAGUUUAUGUCUGUUCUGCUUCAAACACUGCAGGGCAAACUCUGAGUGCGGUACACCUUAUCGUCAAAGACCCACCUGUCCGAUUUAAGCAACCACUAAAUGACUUGCAAGUAUGGGAGAGAGACUUGGCUGUUCUUGAGUGUGAAGUUCCUGAGGACUCUGUUCCAAUCACAUGGUACUUAGAAGACAGACGACUACAGCCUGGAGCCAAAUAUGGGAUGGAGGAGUGGGGGACAAAACGGCGACUCACAAUCCGUGAUAUUGGGGUUGAUGACGAUGGGAUAUAUCUCUGUGAAAUGGCUGAUGGGGGCAGAAGCAUUGCUGAGGUAACGGUCAAAGGAACCAUUGUAAGAAAGCUGCCACGAAAAGUUGAUGUUCUGGAGGGGGAAAAUGCAGCCUUCUGUGUGGAAGUGGAGGAGGAAGAAAUGGACAUUCAUUGGUACAAAGAUGGAACAGAGCUAAGGGAGACCCAUCAGACAAUUCUCAAAUCCUUUGGAAGGACACACAUCUUGGUUUUUGUCAACACCACACCACAAGACUCUGGUUUGGUCAUGUUCUAUGUGGGUAGAUCGAAGACAUCAUCUCAGCUAAGGGUGAAAGCUGCAAGGCACUGUCCACCAAGCUGUCCUAUUGGGGUACAGAUAAACACAGAGAGAGCGAAUGCAGCUCUCCUUUCCUGGUUUCCAGCACAAGACUCUCGAAAGAAUCCACCUUCAGGGUAUAUAAUUGAGAGACAAGAAGUUGUCUCACAGGAGUGGCUGCAAUGUUUAACCACAGACUCUGCAACCUCAGUGGAGAUUCUUGGCGACAGCGUUCCAUGCGAGGCAGACUACAGAUUUCGGAUAUGCAGUGUCAACAAAUAUGGAAGGAGUGGAAAUGUUGAGUUCCCUCGAGCAGUUCACCUUGUUCCAGUUGCCAGAAUCCAAGCACCACUACAAGAUGCUUUAGUGCCAGAGGGCCAGGAUGCCUGCUUUACCAUUGAGCUCUCUGCCUCAGUUAUAGGCACUUGGUUCUUAAAUGGAAAUCAGCUUCAAGACGAUGAACGUUUCUCCAUAAGGCGUUCACGUACACACCAGUCCCUACGCAUUCGUGGGGUACGGGACACAGACAACGGAGCAGAGAUCACCUUCAUUGCCUAUGGAAUUCGAGAUUCUGCUGCUUUGUACAUACAAGCUCCACUGGUAAAAUUCACUCCCCUUUCUGAAAUGGAUCGAAACAAAUUUGUGGAGGUUGGCAACCCUAUAGUGCUCUACUGUGAGCUGUCAGACCCUGAGGCUCCAGUUCGUUGGUAUAAGAAUGGUGUUGAACUUCAAACAAUGGAAGGUCUGCACAUCCAAUCAGAAGGAACAAUGAGGAGGAUUGUUAUCCAAUCAGCUGAUUUCUCCCACUCAGGAGUUUAUAGUUGCGACGCUAUUGAUGAUGUCAUCAGGUUUAACGUGGAGGUUGAGGCCCCACCAGUGAGGUUCUCAGUCCUUCCGGAGGAUGAGAGGAACAAGUCCAUUGAAGCAGGCUCGCCGAUAGCACUGCAAUGUGAGCUCUCAGAUCCACUCGCCCAGGUCUCCUGGUAUAAAGAUGGUGUGAAACUUCUACCACAAAGUGGACUAGACUUCAAAUCCAAAGGCACAGAGAGGCAAAUGAUUGUCCAGACAGCUGAAUUUGACCAUUCAGGGGUGUACAGCUGCAAGACAAGGGGUGAUGCUGUUCACUUCAAUGUGGAUGUUAAAGCCCCACCUGUGAGGUUCUCUGCUGUCCCUGAGGUUAAGAGGAGAAAGUGCAUUGAAGCAGGCUGCCCCAUUGUUCUGCAGUGUGAGGUAUCAGACUCUACUGCACAGGUCCAGUGGUACAAAGAUGGGGAUCAGCUCCUUGUAGAAUCUGGAGUAGACUUCAACUCAGAUGACUGCAUGAGAACACUCAGUAUUCAAUCAGCACACCCGUCUCAUGCCGGUGUGUACAGCUGCACAACAAAGGAUGAUGUCAUCAAGUUUCAUGUGGAGAUAAAAGCUGCACCAGUGAGGUUCUCAGCUGUGCCUGAAGCUGAGAAGAAUAAAUGCAUUGAAGCUGGUGGACACUUUGAACUCCACUGUAAGGUCUCAGACCCUAUAGCCCAAGUCAGCUGGUUCCACAACAAUACGCAGCUUCAGCUAGAGACUGGUUUGGACAUUCAGUCAGAGGGAGAUGCAAGGACUCUGGUAGUCAAUCCAGCUGAGCCCAGUCAUUCUGGAUUGUACCGCUGUGAAUCAUCUGAUGACUCUGUCCAGUUCACUGUGGAUAUCAAAGACCCACCGGUGAUGUUCUCAGCAUUACCAGACACUGUGAAGAACAAGCUGGUUGAAGCAGACUACUCCACUGAUUUGCAAGGUGAGAUCUCAGAUCCAAAUGCCAAUGUGUGUUGCUACAAGGAUGGUGUAGAGCUCGUCUCAAAAAGUCAGCCUCAUAUCAAAUCGGAGAGUACCAGGAGGACGUUAGCUGUCAAGACAGCACAGCGCUCUAACUCUGGAUGGUACGACUGUGUGAGAACGGGUGAUGUCAUCCAGUUUAAUGUACAAGACCAAGUGCCACCACCAACAUUUCUGGCUGAUCCUGAAGAUGAGAAGACCAAAUGCACUGAAGAAAUGGAACCUGUUGCACUGCAUUAUGAAAUUUCAGAAUCUACUCCAUAUGUCAGCGGGACAAAAGAUGAGAAGGUCAUGCUUUCUCAAUCUGAGCCUGAACCUGAAUUUCAACUUGAAUUGGAACUUGAAUUCAAACCUGAACCUGAAGUUCACACAGACGCAUCCAGAGGAAUUGUAAUCAUCCAUGCGCCUGAGACAUAUCUUUUUGAAGUAAACAGCCAAAAGACACCAGAUGAUCCCAUCCCGUUUGAAAUGGACCAAGCAGAACUGUCUCACUAUGAGGUGUUGAGUGGUGAGACCUAUGAUGACUUUGUCCAGUACACUGUGGAUAUAAAAGAAGAGUUCCUGAAAACAUCAGGAACUGAGGCUGAGAUCAAAUCUGAAAAAGAGAACAACAAUCUCACAGCAGAAAGAUUUGGAGAAGGAAUUCAGUGGGGUACCCCAGUGUCUAUACCUACAACUUUCAGAUUGACUGAAGAGGAACAAGAGCCACAACCAAUGCUACAUUCACAGCUACAACCAAUGCUACACCCACAGCUACAUCCACAGCUACAAUCAAUGCUACAGCCACAGCUACAACCAAUACUACAACCAGAGCUACAACCACAGCUACAAACAAUGCUACAAUCACAGCUGCAACCAACAAACCAGACAAAUACUUCAGUUUCCGAAGAUGAAGGCUCAGAUCACAUCACAAUACAAGAGAGUGGCAUGGAUCAAGAUGUCUUAGCUUUAAAGGUGGAUGUUGAAGCUUCGAGGACAAAUUUCACACCAGUUUGUGGAAUGGAUGAGAGCACUGAUGCAGACUGUUCCAGUGUACUGCUAACUGAGAACUCUGACCACACAAUCCAAGAAAAACCUAUAUCCUGCCAAGAAGAUGAGAAAACUGUAAUAUUCAAUAAACCUACAACACAGAAAGAGCUCGUCCAGUCAUCAGAGAUGUGUCUGCAAGAAGCAUAUGAGACUGUUACCAAGGGUGAAUUUGUUGUACAUCAAGAGGAAGUGAAAGAACCUGGUCAUAAAGCAGAAUUCUUUACACUACCACCGGAAGAUGACGCUGUCAGACCCAUUGAAGGUGAUUCACCGGUUCACUGUUACAAGGAUGGAAUACAGUUCUACUCUGAAAAUGGAUAUAUGCUUGAAUCAGAGGAAAGUGUGCGAAGAUUGAAUGUUCCAGCCAUAGGCUCGGGUCAAUCAGGCGUAUACCACAACAAGGCAAAGGAUGAUGACAUAAUAUUUAAGGUGGAUGUCAAAGCUACAUCUUUGCAAACAUCAACUAUCCACGAGACUGACGGGAGAGAGUCAAAAGAUGAAACAGAAACUGCUCAUUUUCCACAACCUGAGGUAUCGAACACAAUGGCAGAGGUGUGCUGGUACAAGGAAGAUGAGGAACUCCAAGAAUGUGACGUUAGCACCCAAUCUAAGGAGACUUUCAGAGCUCUUGUUGUCAAAACAGCUGAGCCGUCUCACUCUGGAGAACAUGCUUAUGAGACAGAUGAUGUCAUCGUCCAGUUUGCAGUGGACCUACCAGCUCCACCAGUGACGUUCUCCAGUGUCCCUGAGGCUCAACGGACCAUAUGCAUUGAGUCAGGAAGACCCUUUAAACUACAAUGCGAAGUCUCAGACCCUGAUGCACAAGUAUGGUGGUACAAAGAUGGGAAUGAGGUGCUUCCUCAAGAUGGUAUUGUUACUAUGUAUGCGGAAGCAAUGAGAACACUCUCUGUGCAAAGUGCUGAAUUACGUCACAGUGGAACAUACAGCUGCCAGACAAACAAUGACGCCAUCUCAUUCCAUGUGGAAAUCAAAGAAGUGGAGAAGAACAAGUCCCCUGAAGUACACUCACCAAAUGUUCUGAAAUGUGAUAUAACAGACUCUACCACUGAGAUGCUCUGGUGCAAAGAUGAUAUAGAUCUGGCCCCAAAACCUGGACUCAAUUUCCAAAAAGAUGGAAAUAUGAGGAAACUAACUGUCCAAUCAGCAGAACUGUCUGAUAUUGGAAACAACACCUGUCAUGCUCCAGGUGAUACCGUAUCAUUCAAGGUGGAUGUUCAAGCUCACCCUGUUAGGUUCUCAGCACUCCCAGAAAUUGCAAGGAACAAGUUUAUCGAAGCAGGCUGUCCCAUUAUACUUCAGUGUGAAAUCUCAGACCCUACUGCCCAAGUUUCCUGGCUCAAAGAUGGAGUCGAACUCCAAGACAGUGGACUUGACAUCCAGUCAGAGGGCACUAUGAGGAAAAUGAUCAUCCAAUCAGCUGAGCUCAAACACUCAGGCAUGUACAGCUGUGAGGCUGUGGAUGAUCGCAUAGCAUUCAAGGUGGAUGUUGCAGCUCCACCAGUGAUGUUCUCAGCUGUUCCUGAGAUUGAGAAGAACAAGUCCGUUGAAGCAGGUUGGCCAAUCAUUCUCCAAUGUGAGAUAUCUGAUCCUACAGCCCUGGUCCAAUGGUACAAGGAUGGAAUACAGCUCCUACCUCAAUCUGGGGUUUACAUCCAAUCACAGCACACCAUGAGGACACUGGUUAUCCAAUCAGCAAAUGUAUCCCACUCUGGGUUUUACAGUUGUAAUACUGCUGAUGAUAUCAGCUAAUUUUUUGUGGAUGUUAAAGCACCUCCUGUGACAUUUGCCUACAUACCAGAAGCUGAUCUGCACAGAAAUCUUGUGGAACAAGACAAUCUACUCCUUUGCUGUCAAGUGUCCAGGUCAGAUGCUACUGCACAAUGGUACAAGGACGGAGUAGAACUAAAGCCUUGUGACAACGUCCUCAUAGAGGUAGAAAACACUAUACGAAGACUGAUCAUCCUUUCAGCUCAACUCUCAGAUUCUGGGACGUAUACCUGUCGUGCUGGAGAUACCGCAUUAAUAUUUAAAGUUAACGUAAGAGAACCUCCAAUGAUGAUUGUAUAUCCCAAGGAAGAUGUCCACCUUGAUCGCUAUGUUCCUGAAGAAAUUGUUCUUAGCUGUGAACUUUCACGGCCAAAUGGAAAGGUGACAUGGUUCAAGGAUGGACAGAAACUACAGGAGAGUGAAAACAUAAAGCUAAAGACAGAGGGUCCAUAUAGACGGCUAAAAAUUCUGCGCAGUGGUGUUGAGGACUCUGGCGAAUAUGUCUGUGACACAGCUGAUGAUUCAAUAUUCUUCAAUCUAAACAUAAAAGAACCACCAGUGCGCAUAGUUUCUCCAAGCCAGUCCCAAAUGGAACUUUGCCAACAGACUUCUGAAAGGAUGGUCCUGAGCUGUGAAAUAUCUAGACCAAACGCCACUGUACGUUGGUAUCGAGAUGGACUUGAAGUGGAGGAGAGUGACAGCCUAAUUCUGGAGGUCGAUGGUGUCUAUAGGAGACUUAUUAUCCCAAAACCUACCGUCAAAGACUCUGCAGAAUAUGUCUGUGACACCGCUGAUGACUCAGUGACCUUCUUUGUAAACAUUGCAGAGCCACCAGUUAGAUUUAUUCGGCCAAGGAAAAUGGCCUAUGGCGUAGAGAAACUUGUGGGAGAUACUGUGGUUCUGGAGUGUGAAGUGUCUCGACCAAAUGCUGAAGUUAGCUGGAAGAAGGAUGGAGUAGAGAUCGAGGAGAACAGCAACAUAACUACCACAGAGGAUGGCACAAGUCGACAGUUGACCAUUCACUCUGCAGCUUUUGAAGAUGCAGGGCAAUAUGUCUGUGAUGCUAGAGAUGAUGUGAUGGAUUUCCUAGUGAAAAUCAAAGAUCCACCAUUAAAGAUUCUGCGGAAAUCUGUCAUAGAAACAAAGUGCCGAUUUGUAGCAUCUGACGCUAUUGUGUUAAAAUGUGAGAUCUCAAGAGCAAAUGGAGUGGUCAGUUGGCUUAAAGACAAUGAGAAUAUUGAGGGAAAUGAGCAUUUAAUCUGUGAAGAGGAAGGGACAUUCAGAUCUCUGAUUGUCCUCAGUGCUGAGUUGAAGGACUCAGGGGAGUACAUCUGUGAUGCACAAGAUGAUAAAGUUGUCUUCAGUGUUACUGUAGAAGAGGCUCCAGUGUCAAUUGUUGGAAAUUUAGAGAAGCCAGAACACCACAUUUUAAUGACAGGAGAUGAGCUUAUCCUGGAAUGUGAGGUAUCUCGAGUAAAUGCUAUAGUCCAGUGGUACUACAAUGGAUGUUUACUACAAGAGGAUUCACGCACACACAUUGAAAGCAGAGAAACAACGAGGAAGCUUGUGCUAUCAGGACUUCAGACAUCUGACUCUGGAGAGUAUCUCUGUGAUGCCAUUGAUGACAAAAUGAUAGCUAGGCUAACAGUUCAAGAACCACCAUUCAAAUUCAAUAAAAAAGAUGAAAGAACAAAUAUUUCAGCCUAUGAAGAAGACAGUGUGACAUUACGUGCCACUGUUAAUAGAGUCAAUGCCCCAGUGAAAUGGCAGAGAGGCCUUGAACCAAUCAGAGGAGAUCGUUUCCACACAACAAGUGAUGGUAACAACCACUACCUCACUAUUAACCCACUUAAGAGGUGUGAUACUGGAGAGUAUACGUGUCACGUGGAAUCUGACAAGAUGCAUUUCAGUGUCCAUGUUAAAGCAAUGAAGGUGAAAUUCUCCAAACCACUAGAAAAUGUAGUGGGACUGAAAGGUAGCGAUGUGGUUUUAAAAUGUGAACUGUACAAGUCAAAGGGAGAUGUUCAGUGGUUUAAAAGCAGCCAAGAGAUUGCACCAAACAGACAUUUUACAAUUAGAGCUGAGGGUCGAGUGAGAAGCCUGACAAUACAUGAUGUCACAGAAGAUGAUGCAGGAGAGUAUGCUUGUGAAUCUAAAGAUGAAAGGACAUCAGCUACUGUAGUGGUCAACAUUCCUCGCAUUGUGGAGUUUAUCGCAGAGCUACACAACAUAACUGUCAUGGAAGGAGAAGACGCAACAUUUAAGUGUGUGGUAUCUCCAGAGGAUGCAAAGUUGGCCUGGUUUAGGAAUGGCCAGCCAAUUUCAUCAAAUGAGAAGUUCAUCAUCUCAAGUAAUGGAUUAUGCCAUAUGCUGCAUAUCACCAACUGCCAAGUCUCAGAUAGCUGCAAGUUGACAGCUGAGGCUGAGGGUGUGAUUUCCAGAGCUAUCCUUCAGGUCCAAGAGGCACAGGUGCUUUUCACGAAGAGCAUGGGCCCGGUAGUUGCAGAGGAGUUUGGUGAAGCAACGAUUGAGGUGGAGGUCAGCCAUGAAACUGCAGAGGUGCGGUGGAUGAGACAAGGAGUGGUAAUACAUCCAGGGUCCAAAUUCACCCUGAAGCAGAAUGGCAAAAAGCGUUCUCUCACAAUCCACAAACUCACCCUUUCAGACCGGGGCACCUACAGCUGUGAAACUCUUCAUGACCGUACACAAGCCAAGCUCACUGUGGAACCACGAAAAAUCAAGAUUCAGAAAGGUCUAACUGAGAUCCAGACUUAUGAACGAGAGACGGCUUCGUUUGAGGUGGAGCUGUCACAUAGCAAUGUGGAGGGUGUAUGGCAGAAGGAUGGGCACAUUCUCAAAAACAACAACCGUUUGCGUAUGACUGCAAAAGGACGAGUACACAGCCUAACCAUCUCCAACCUGAACUUGGAUGACACUGGAACCUACAUAUUCUCUGUUGACAACAUCAGAUCAAUAGCAAGAUUGGAAGUUAAAGAAAUUCCUGUAUCAAUUUUGAAAAAGCUUGAGGAUAUCAGGCAACCAGAGGGAUCUGGCGUUACCCUUGAAUGUGAGCUCUCACGGCACAACGUGGACAUAAAGUGGACAAAGAAUGAUGUUCAGCUUAAACCGGGAAAAAAUCAUCGUAUUUACUCUAUGGGAAGAAAGUGCUUUCUACAGAUACUGAAGUGUGAGCUGGGAGACUCUGGUUUAUAUAUGUGUGAUGCUGGGGAUGCCACAACAUCCUGUACAGUGGAUAUCUAUGAAAAGAAGCUUGAGAUACUACAAAGCUUAGAGGAUCUGGAUAUUCAAGAAGGUCAGAAUGCAGUGUUCAUGUGUGAAGUGUCCCUAGAUGAUGUGCCCGGACAGUGGUUUAAGAAUGGCGAGAAGAUAAAACCAACCAGCACCAUUAAGAUCCGUCAGGAAGGGACAAAGCACUUCCUCCUCAUAUGCAAUGUUAAAGAAGACGAUUCUGGAGAGAUCAAGUUUGUUGCCAAGAAUCUUGAGACUACAGCUUGCCUUGAGGUGGAAGCACUGCCAGCAAACAUUGUGAAACCACUUCAGGAUAAAACUGCUCUGGAAAAAACCCGUGUCAUACUGGACUGCACUGUGACCAAUCCCCGUUGUAGCAUUCGCUGGUAUAAGGGCCCAAAUGUCAUCCUGCCCUCAGAACGCUUUGAGAUCUGCAGUGAAGGGUGUUACCGAAAACUUGUGAUUCCGCAGGUGUUGCUAGAGGAUGAGGGCACCUACAGUGUUCAAGUUGGAAACUACACAUCUUCAGCAAAACUAACUGUUGAAGCUCAGUCAGUCCUGAUGGUGCGAGAAAUGCAGGAUGUGGAUGUAACAGCAGAUGCAGAUGCAUGCUUUGAAUGUGAAGUCUCUUUGCCUGUGGCCAAGGCACCUACAUGGACCCUGAAUGGGGAGACUCUGCAUCCUGGUCCUAAAGUUGUGGUAGAGAAAAUGGGAACGGUUCAUAGGCUCACUCUCAUACAAACAUCUGAAGACAUGAGCGGCACCGUGUGCUUUAUCACUGGGAGAGCCAAAAGCACUGCACAUCUGCAGGUCAUAGGUAACCACUGAGAAACAACACAUAAGCACUUACAGUGCAUAAUACUCAACAAUGCCACUAUUUAAAUA